AGCCCGGUCUCCGGACGGCGGCGGUGGGAUGUUCACGGCGGGAGCGGAGAGUCUGCUCCACCAGGCCAGGGAGAUCCAAGAUGAGGAGCUACAGAAGUUCUGUUCCCGGAUCAGUAAGCUGCUGCAGAAGAAUGACUUGGGGCCUGAUGUGGUCGACUCCCUUCAGAGGCUUUUCCUCAUUGUCUCAGCCACAAAGUAUAACCGAAGGCUGGAGAAGACCUGUGUGGACCUGCUGCAGACCACCCUCUGCUUGCCUGCAUGCCCCGAGCAGCUCCAGGUUCUCUGCACCGCCAUCCUGAGAGAGAUGUCACCCUCCAACAGCCUGACCCUGUCCUGUGACCACACGCAGAACACCCGGCAGCUGAGUCUGGUGGCCUCUGUGCUCUUGGCGCAGGGUGACAGAAGAGAGGAGGUCAGAACCAUGGGCCAGCAUGUUCUGAAGGCCCUAGAGAGCCGGCAGCCCGAGGGGCCCAGUGUCAGACACCUCCUUCCCAUCCUGUCGAAAGUGGUCAGCCUGGCCCCAGGCACCCUCCGGGAAGACCAGACCAACCUGCUCAGCAAGAGGCUGGUCGACUGGCUCCGCUACGCCAGCAUCCAGCAAGGGCUCCCGCACACCGGGGGCUUCUUCUCCACACCCAGAGCCCGGCAGCCAGGCCCCAUCACCGAGGUGGAUGGGGCAGUGGCCACAGACUUCUUCACGGUGCUCUCCACGGGCCAGCACUUCACGGAGGACCAGUGGCUGAACGUGCAGGCCUUCUCCAUGCUGCGGGCGUGGCUUCUGCAUAGCAGCCCUGAGGACCCCAGUGCCCCAGAUGCAGAUGACAAGUCAGAGAUGGAGGGCUCCACCCUGUCUGUGCUGUCCGCCACCUCCACUGCCAGCCGCCUGCUGCCCCCCCGGGAACGGCUGAGGGAGGUGGCCUUCGAGUACUGCCAGCGCCUCAUCGAGCAGAGUAACCGGCGAGCCCUGAGGAAGGGGGACUCUGACCUGCAGAAAGCUUGCCUGGUGGAAGCCAUACUGGUCCUGGACGUGCUGUGCCGGCAGGACCCCUCCUUCCUGUACCGCACCCUCUCCUGCCUGAAGGCCCUGCACGGACGGCUAAGCGGGGGGCUGGGCUGCGUGCGGGCGCUGCUGCCUCUUGCCCAGUUCUUCCUGGACCACGGGGAGGCAGCUGCGGUGGACUCGGAAGCCAUCUACCAGCACCUGUUCACCAGGGUCCCCUCAGAACUCUUCCACAGCCCGAUGCUGGCCUUUGAGUUCAUCCAGUUCUGCAGGGACAACCUUCACCUGUUCAGCGGGAAUCUCAGUGUUUUCAAGUUGAACUUCCCUAACCUCUUUAAGUUCCUGGCCUGGAACAGCCCACCCCUCACCUCCGAGUUUGUGUUGCUCCUCCCGGCCCUGGUAGACGCCGGCACAGCCCUGGAGAUGCUGCAUGCACUGUUGGACCUGCCCUGCCUGACCGCGGCCCUGGACCUGCAGCUCAGGUCAUUGCCGGCCCCAUCUGAGAGGCCACUCUGGGACACCUCUCUCAGGACGCCCAGCUGCCUGGAGGCUUUCCGGGACCCAAGGUUCCAGGGUCUCUUCCAGCACCUGCUGCGCACCAAGGCCAGUGGCACCAUGGAGAGGUUGACCCCACUCCACCGGUUGCUUCAGCCCAUGGCCAGCUGCGCCCGUGUGGCCCAGUGUGCUGAGGCUGUGCCCACUCUGCUCCAGGUGUUCUUUUCAGCAGUGACCCAGGUUGCUGAUGGGGUCCUGACCAACCAUCUGGCGCUGCUGCUCCUGGAGAGAAGUGAUGCACUUUACCAGGUCCCACUGUAUGAAGCUCACGUACACAGGGUGCUGAGCUCCCAGUUCUUGGCCCUGUGUAAGCUGAAGCCCUCCCUGGUGGUUGAGCUGGCCAAGGACCUCCUGGAGUUCGUGGGAAGCGUGAGUGGCAUCCACAGCAGAGCAAGCAUGCUCACCAGUGUGGUGUGGGCCGUUGGCGAGUACCUGUCGGUAACCUGUGACAGGCGGUGCACCGUGGAGCAGAUCAACAAGUUCUUUGAAGCCCUGGAGGCCCUGCUAUUCGAGGUCGCCCAAUCCCGCCCCUCUGCUACCCUGCCCAAGUGUCCACCACAGGUCAUCACUGUGCUCAUGACUACACUGACCAAGCUGGCCUCCCGCAGCCAAGACCUGAUCCCCAGGGUCUCUCUGUUACUGUCAAAGAUGAGGACCCUGGCCCAGAGCCCGGCCACUGGCUCUGUGCACAGUGAGGAGGACUCAGAAGCCAUCUGCACCCGGGCCACAGAGCUGCUGAACCUGCUGAAGAUGCCCAGCGUGGCCCAGUUUGUGCUCACGCCGAGUGUGGAGGUGUGCGAGCCCCGCUACCACCGGGACACCAACACGGCCCUGCCCCUGGCCCUGCGCACGGUCAGCCGGCUGGUGGAGAAGGAGGCCAGUCUCCUGCCGGGGUGAAGGGACAGUGACCAG